UUUCUGUUUGAAUACCGCAGGCAGGUUUCUUGUAGCAAGAAGCUAAUGAUAGCUGGAUGUGAAUGUGAAUUACAGCUAGCUAGCUGCCUUAAGUAACCUAGUUUCCGUUCAUUCAGACGGAUACAGCUCUAUACAUUUGUUUUAUCGCUGUUAAGGAUUGUGCAACCCUGUAUGCGUGCGUGCUGUUAAUUUAAUCAAAUUCAAAACAACCUUGCAAAAUGUGACUAGUCUUCUGCUGCUAUGGCCUCUGGAAAUGACAUUGAAGAGAGAGAAUUCAAAGGUUUCCAGGGAUCCCAGGCCAGUGAAGCUCUCAAACACUGGCCUUGCUCUGUGGCUGAGAAGAACAUGAGGAAGGUGGAUUUUUUUAAUAAGGAAGAAAUUAAUAAAAAGAGGUCUUCGGUUGGUCGUCCUCCGCAGAACUCCAGCAAAGCGAAACGAGUGUCGUACAAGAGGAAGACGUGUCACGUGCCGGAGAGUGCUGCGGCCUGGCGGAGGGGCUGUGACAUGGCCAACAAGGAGAAUGAGCUCACCUGUGCAGAGGCUGUGCAGGAGGUAGUUUGCAGUGACCACUGCGGGCUCCCCCUGAACCUUGUACAGGGAGCAAAGAUGGAGGGGCCAGGGUCCAAGUACAGCGAAUACUUCACUGAACUGUCAAAGGACCAUGAUGUAAUGACACACGUGCUUUUUGGAAGAAAUCUCAGGCUGAAUGUUGCUUUGACUCUUUGGCGCAGAAAUGCCAAUGAAUUAGUCGCAUAUCUAAUCAGAAUUCAGGACCCAGGUGUACUUGUUGACUGCUUACCAGUCAUUACUAAAAGCCUUCAAGAUGACAAGCCUCUUAUAUCUAUAGGCUGUUGUGUGGACCUUCUACCGCUAGUAAAAACUAUUCUUGCCAGUAAAUAUGAAGAAUACCUGAUAGUCGGUUUACACUGGGUUCAGUCCGUCAUUAAAAAGUGGUGGCCAGAACUGUCUGUGAAAACCAGAAGUCCACAGGACAGCCGUUCAGAUGACUGGUAUGAAUGUUCAAAUCAUGAAGCAGCAGCUACAAGAAUUGUGGGAGCGCAAACGCGUGUUGAGUUUAGUUCCAGGAACGACAGGUGAAAUAGCAAAGGGGAUAGAAACGUAUCUGUCACAGCUGCACUGAUGACACGCUCAUUUCUCAGUGAGGAAGCAACCACUACAAGCGCUUGAUUCAAAUCGAAGGAUCCCCUUCCUGCUCUAGCUGGCUCCAAAAACUGACACUAACCAAGGCUGCAGAGGCGAAGAACAAUCACUGAAUUGAUGAACUGAGAAGUACAGAGGCACCUUUAUUUAAAAAUGAAGACAGUAGCAGGGCAGUGGGGAGCCUUGAACGAACCGUGAAUGACUGCUUCACAUUGAAGUGGACCGUUUUGCUUAAAGGGCACACAUUCCACUCCGUGAGGUGCAAGAGACUGUCUGAACCCAGGCCGCUCAGUGAUGUGCCAAGCCGUUUUCCCCGUUGCUGCUCUGCCAUGCCCCUUGCAUUUGAUAUCAAUUAAUGUUCUGGAAGGGAGUCUCUUUCAGCAGCCGUCUUAUUUGAGCAUGGUUUGCCGGUUCAAUAAGCAAACAUUCAACUGUAAAUUGUACAUUCCUUGACAUGCUUUUAAUCAACUAUUAAAUAAAUUUUCUUA